AUGAAUUAUAGUUGGCAGCAGGAUAGAGAUGCAUAUUCUCAAUUGGGUAGAUCCAUAAAUGAAAGACAUACCGAUCAGUUAUCUACACAGCUAUCAGUAUUUCAAUCAGCAUUAGUCAAUUUUGCAAGCGAACAUGGAGAUGAGAUUAAACAGAAUUUGGAGUUUAGAAGCAAAUUCACUCAGAUUUGUAAUCUGGUAGGUAUUGAUCCAUUGGAUUUGAUUCUUUAUACUAAUUCGUCGUCAACAACAUCUAACAAAUCCAGAGGUGAUAAUUUUUAUAUUGCUCUUGCUGUGAGAAUAACAGAAGUAUGUCAAAAGACAAGAGAUUUAAAUGGAGGUUUGAUUGCCUUAAAAGAACUAAUAUCGAUUUUAAAAGAUAGUGACUCAUUACAAAUAAAUAUAUCACAGAGUGACAUUGAAAGAUCCUUAAUCCAUCUUAAUACAUUAGGUAAGGGUUAUACGAUUUUAAAUAUCAAUGAUAAAAAAUGGUUGAAAUUUACCAGUGCGACAGGUAGUGGUAUUUCCAAUGAUCAAAAGAAAGUUUAUGAGCUUUGUAGUUUCAUGGGAGGGUUUGUUACUUAUAGAUUAUUAAGAGAUAACUACGAUUGGGAUAAAAUAAGAUGUAAAACUGUGGUGGAAGAAAUGAUUAUGAAUGGGUUGGUGUGGGUAGAUACUCAAGGUGAUAAUGGUGAAUAUCAAUUCUGGGAACCAUCAUGGAUUUCUAAUUAA